AUGGAAGAGGAUGAUACAGAGGAUAUGCCGGUAACUUUGACCAACAAAUUGAUAAAGAAAAAAACUAUGUCGACAACGAGAAAGAUAAUAAACGCGCAGGCAUAUACGUCAGCUAGAACAUUUUCCGGAGGUCAGAUCACUAUUCGUAGACAAGACUCGGCCGAUGAAUCCGACACGAUGGAAUAUGCUUCCGAGAACGAGGUCGAGAAUAUACCUAAGGACGAGGAAUGUCCCGAGCCACUUGUGAUCGAUGAGAAAGGCAAUAGGAUAUCCGGAACGGACAGACACUCCGUUGAUCUUCCUGAAGAAGCCGAGUCGCUUUUGAUGGGUCAUCAAAAGAGUAGUCAUCGUUUUUCAUCGACGACGAUCUGUGUUAACGAGGAGGACAUGACACAUAACACCAGUAGUAGAUACUCCGGCACUAGACUGGGUCUUUUCAUGAGUAGACGAAGUCCGCAAUCCAGUUCAAGUCAGGAAGAUUAUGAGCCUGAAGUGAAAAGUUUGUCUAGAUUGCAAAGACAUCAUCAUCUGCAACAACAACAACAACAACAACAACAACAACAACAACAACAUCUUUUAACAGCUGAUGGUAGUAGUGGACAAGUGACAGCAAGAUCAAUGGAAAGCUUACGUUCCUCGAGAAACUUUCUCAGUGCCGACGAUCGUUACAGCGACGAGCGAAAGUCUUUAGAAUCUUUGUCCUCCUCAUCGGAAACCCAUUUGACAACUUCAAAAAGUCACUAUCGUAGUUUCUUAACGUCAUCGAGCAAGGACGUGCGUAGGAUUAUAACUCAAGUCGAGUCUAAAAGCAGCGAAAAUCUUCAUCGCGAGGAAAGCUUGAACGCCGAGGUCCGUCGUGGACUUUUUGCAAAUACAGGGCUCGAAAGAAAAUUACCUCAACAUUUAAGCCUUCCACCGCCGUCAAACGUUUUCUCAUUGACAAGUCCCGGUGGCAGCGAUCGAAAGAUCACUAUACUUAGUCCUCAUUCACCUAUUAACUCAACGGAAUUUCAAUUCUCCGCGCAGACUUUGAAGAGCAGGAGGAAGAAGGCCAUCGUCUUGCCUAGGUUGGUGUUGCCCCGAAGCGAAUCCGAAGUUUUUUUAGAUUUUGACGUCGAAAAUGGAGCUUCGACGUUGGACGGUGGUGCCGGUGGCGGUGGUGGAGCCUCGCCAAGUGCAGGCUUGGUUCUCCAAACGCUACCACAAAGAAGGGAGAGUUUUCUUUAUCGAAGUGACAGCGAUUUUGAGAUGUCACCGAAGUCGAUGUCACGAAACAGUUCCAUUGCCAGUGAAAGGUUCAAAGAGACAGAGCUUCCUGUCGAGCGAGCGAUAUUUACCGAUCAGUACAGUCAUGGAGAGGAUCUCAUCGUUACGCCGUUCGCGCAGAUACUCGCUUCUCUUCGUGCGGUUCGGAACAAUUUCUUGUCGCUCACGAAUGUCCCGACCAACAAAUCACGAAGGAGUAGCGGGGCGCAGGGUAGCAGUACGCCACAGCCACGGAUCCUGGCACCCGGAGAGGAGCCCUACAUAAAACUUGCCGUGGAAACGAUGGAAGAAUUGGAUUGGUGUUUGGACCAGCUGGAAACUAUUCAGACUCAUCGGUCCGUGUCCGAUAUGGCCUCCCUUAAGUUCAAGAGAAUGCUGAACAAGGAACUCCUUCACUUCUCGGAAUCGUCCAAAUCCGGGAAUCAAAUAUCUGAAUAUAUCUGCAAUACUUUCCUAGACAAGCAGCAGGAACUCGAUUUGCCAUCUUUGCGGAUCGAAGAUGCGGUCGCAGCGGCCGGAAGCGUGGACGCUCGUGCCGCCAAGAAGAAGGACAGGGUACAGAGGGGCCCAGCUGCUAUGUCGCACAUUAGUGGCGUUAAAAGGCCACUCACGCACACUAACAGCUUCACGGGAGAACGAGUACCCCUUCACGGAGUGGAAACACCACACGAGGAGGAACUCGGCAAGUUAUUGUCGGACAUCGACAAGUGGGGCAUCGACAUCUUCAGGAUAGGCGAGCUCAGUAAUAAUCGACCUCUCACCUGUGUCGCUUAUACGGCCUUCCAAAGCCGAGAUUUGUUGAAGUCGUUGGCAAUACCGCCGAAAACCUUCGUUACCUUCAUGAUGACCCUUGAGGAUCAUUACGUGAAGGAUAAUCCCUUCCAUAACAGUCUUCACGCCGCCGAUGUGACCCAAUCCACUCACACAUUACUCAACACACCCGCCCUCGAGUCUGUGUUUACGCCGUUGGAGAUCACAGCAGCUCUGUUUGCGGCCACGAUCCACGACGUGGAUCAUCCCGGGCUAACGAAUCAGUUCCUUAUCAAUUCGAGCUCCGAGCUCGCCCUGAUGUACAACGACGAGUCCGUAUUGGAGAAUCAUCACCUUGCGGUGGCGUUUAAGCUUCUGCAGAACGAAGGUUGCGAUAUAUUCGUGAACAUGACGAAAAAGCAACGGCAAACCUUAAGGAAAAUGGUGAUCGACAUGGUCCUAUCAACGGACAUGUCGAAGCACAUGUCCCUAUUGGCAGAUCUGAAAACAAUGGUAGAAACGAAGAAAGUCGCUGGUUCUGGCGUAUUACUUCUAGACAAUUAUACGGAUCGCAUACAGGUGUUAGAGAAUCUCGUUCAUUGUGCGGACCUGUCGAAUCCAACGAAACCAUUACCGCUUUAUCGACGAUGGGUGAGCCUAUUGAUGGAGGAGUUUUUCCUCCAGGGUGAUCGAGAGCGCGAACAGAACAUGGACAUAAGUCCUAUGUGCGAUAGGCACAGCGCUACGAUCGAGAAGUCGCAGGUCGGCUUUAUCGAUUAUAUUGUGCAUCCGCUUUGGGAAACCUGGGCAGAUUUAGUACAUCCUGACGCCCAAGAGAUUUUGGAUACGUUGGAAGAGAAUAGAGAUUGGUAUCAGUCGAUGAUACCACCAUCACCGCCGUCCGACGAUCAACAACAGCUACAGGCUGGAAACGAUCAACAACAACAGUCCGAUAAAAAACAUUUUCAAAUGACAUUGGAAGAAGGUGAUGAGAGCGGAGAGACAUUAGAGGGUAACGACGGUGGUGGUGAUGGCGAUGGUGGUGGUGGCGGUGGCGGCGGCGGUGGCGGCGGUCAUACAACAACAUUUUCAAGCGAGGACGCGGGCGUUGAGAACGAUGAAAACGGCGCGGAUGCUGGAAUGUGACGGAGGCUCGCCGGUAUCUGCAAGAAGCUCCACGAGAAGGUGCAGCAGACUUGGUGGCGCGUGCGUCAGUGACACGAGCACGAGCAGGAGAGCCGCGCUGGCUGCAGGUCGCGGUGUUGCUCUGCUGACGCAACGAUAAAAAGGAUCCAUCCUUUUGUCCUUGGUAUAUUCCUGAGCACGUCGAAGUUGCCUGGGUUAAUAAAUAAUAUCCUGGGCUUUAUUAUUGAUCGUUGUUUAACGAGCGAUGAAGAUGCGCUUGCUUGGUUAAAGACUGCUAAUAUAAGUGCUGAAAUUUUUGGGCACUGACGGAAGAAAAGAAAAACAAAGAUGAGAGAAAAAAAACUGAGAAACUGAAUAGGAUCGUAGGAUAAAAGAAAGAAUUAAAACAAAACAAAAAAAAAAACAAAAAAAAAAAGACAGAAAAAAAAAGGAAAAAAAAAAUACAAGAGAGAGGAAAAAAAUUACCAGCACUCCCUCCCUCCCCCUCGUUGCUCGCCCUGAUUCUCUUCUUGUCGUUGUCACCAAUAUCAGUAACAACAACAGCAGCAACAACAGCAGCAGCAGCAGCAGCAGCACCACCACCACCACAACCACCACUCAACGAACAUCACUAUCGCCGUUCACUAUCGUCGCUUAAAAAAAACUUUAGAAAACGCGACGAUUUGACGGCUCGUUGUCGACGCAUCAUCCUCGAAAAGCGGAACGCUCUCUCUUUCUCUCUAUAUCUCUCUAUCUCUCACUCUCUGUCUCUCUCUCUCUCUCUCUCUCUCUCUCGUACGCGGAAGUGAAGAUCGUUCGUGACUUCUAUUUUCGGGCGGUACACUACAAAUGAAAAAAGAAGAAGAAGAAGAAGAAGAAGAAGAAAUACGAUCUUCAAUCAACGGGAUGGCGUGUUGGCGGCUGGUCCGAAACGCGUCGCGUCCGAAGAGAAACGAGAAAAGGAUUUGUCCUAGACGAGAGAUAAAUAACAAGUAUUGUCGCGCUUCAUGCGAAGAAUAUUCUGUCCUCGUCGUUGUCGUCAUCGUUCUCCUCAUCGUAAUUCCAUUACCUGAUUUUUUACCUCUCUCUCUCUCUCUCUCUCUCUCUCUCUCUCUCUCUCUCUCUGUCUUUCUCUCUUUCUCUCUGACUCUAUCUCUAUCCCUUUCUAUCUCCUUUAUCUUUUCUCCUUUCGUUGUUUCCAUUAUUUUCUACGAUUGAUUUCGAUCACACUGAAGAAAGACUAUUUUGGAAAUCAACGAUGCAUCUUUUGUCCUCUUUCAAUUAUCUCUUUUUAUUUCUUAUUCUCUCUCUCUCUCUCUUUCUAUCUCCUUCCCUCUAUCUAUCUAUCUAUCUAUCUAUCUAUCUAUCUAUCUAUCUCUACCUCUAUUUCCUAUCUCAUUGAAGUUAAAGUAAUAAUAAACGGAGGGAUUGAAUCUCUUUCUUCACAAUGUACCUGCGCAAAUAAAGCGAGAUUCUGUUUUUCACGAUUGGUCGACAAUCGGUCGAUGCUCGAAAAAAAGAAGAAGAAGAAGAAGAAGAAGAAGAAGAAGAAGAUAAAGAAGAAGAUGAAGAAGAAAAUGAAGACGAAAAAAAAAGAAGAAGAAGAAGAAGAAGAUAUAAUGAUUUAUGAGGAUAAAGAAAUGAGAAAAAGUUAAGAUGGGAGUUUAUACUUGCUACGUGCUACGCAUAAACGAAAGGCACUAAAACUUCGCUUGGGAAAAGACGAAGACAAAGAAUCGCACAGGAUCCUCGACGACAUAUCAAAACAUUGAACGGUACAAUAAUGGUGUAAGAUUUUAUUCCGAAGGAUUCGUAGUUGGAUUUCGUGGGCUCGAUUAAUAUCGUAUUCGUAUAUCUAUCUAUGUAAUAUAUAUAUAUAUAUGUAUAUGUAUAUAUAUAUAUGUAUAUGUAUAUCUCUUUCUCUCUGUCUCAUACGAUUGAAACAAACGCUAAGCUUUUCCACAUAGAAUAUUGUUUAGAUGUGACCCAUCGUCGAAAGAUUAAAUAGAUGCAAUCGUGUUGGAAUUCAAAGUACAAAAUAAAAGAUGGAAAAAGAAAGUAUGAAUGGACGACGAAUGAGGAAAAAAAGAAGAAAAUAAAAGAAAAAAGAAUGGAAGAGACCGCGCACGUGGAAUAACAAUAAUCAAAAAAAAAUGAUAUGAUAAAAAAUGGACCACCCUUGGGAAAAUUUUAGAAAAAGAAUGGAAUUUAUAACUCGUAAGGUAACAAUGCACGUGCACGAGGUAUUUGCAUAAUUAAAAAAAAAAAAAAAGAAAGAAGAAGAAGAAGAAGAAAAAAGAAACUUCCUAUCUUUGAUUCUUCCAUGAAUAAUGUGGAUCAUCAUUCGACGUUGAUGUAAUAUCUAUAAAAAUGAUUGACAACAGUGUUUAUUUUUCAUGAACGUGCAAAGAUUUUCAUCGUAAUUUUUGUCAGAUAAAGACGAGUCGUAAUCUUCGUUAAGGAAGCAGACAGCCACGUUUUAAGACGAAGAUAACGAAUAAAAAAAGAAAAGAAAAAGAAAAGAAAAAGAAAAAAAAAAGAGAGAGGGGGGGAGAGAGAGAGAGAGAGAGAAGAGAGAAAGAGAGAGAAAUAGAAAUAGAAAUAGAAGUGGAAAAGACGAAAGUAAGAAGAAAAAAAGAGACUAUUAUAUACCGGCGUAAAAGAUGUUAUAUGUGAAAAGACAGACAUGAUUAAUUUUAAUAUAAUAACUCUGCGUUAAAAAAAA